CCGUUUAGUAAAGAUUUUAUUUGGUAUACGUAACUAAUCUAUUUUAUUUAUUUUAAUUUUACAUAUGAUGCGUUUUGUUUGACGUCAUGGCGAGCGACAUCGACAAAGGUAACUUCGGUGAUAGCGCCCGCAACCGAUCGAAAUGCGAGUUACACUUACGAAAGUCUAACCACGUGUUCGAUGGCGCCGGCGAGAACAUCCAUUACCAUAGCGACACCGAGUCGCUAACUUCCAGAAAGAGCAAGACUCGAUACAUCAACCCAGCGAUUUGUGUCGAGACAAUCGAGGCUACCCACUCCGCGACUUCCUUGCUGACCGAUUCUUCGUUCAUCGGUGACGUCACGCCUCACCCGCAUGGCACUUACAGUAGCAGUUCCACUCCUUUCCUCACUGGGCGUGUGUCUAGUGCCUCUUCUAACAGUGUGAAGCGAAAGUCGUGUCGUCUUGCUAAUGAAGUGUUUGGCAACGAGGUGACGCCUCGCGAAAAUCACACUUAUCGCGAAGAGGGUUCGGAUACUUUUCGCUUGUCUGUGGCUUCUAUGUCUACGACGACCACGGCUAAGGAGGAACGCGAGCGUAAUGAGAGGAAACGUCAGGAAGCGUUCGAGCAGUGGCUGGCGCGCAAAGAACACGAGAAACGAGAAAAGCAACGUUUAGAGAAGGAGAAACAGCAAGCGGUGGCGUCAGCUUCGUCCGAGCAACGCGAAGAGGCGUUCCGGAAGUGGCUGGAGCAAAAACGCUCGCAGAGCGAGCGGCGCAAGGCGACAGAGAUCAUGCGCCAGUACCGCACCAACGAGCGGCUCGCGCUUGACCAUAAGAAGAAGCAGAUGGAGAAGGAAGAGAAGUUGGCUGAAUGGAUUAAAAAGAAAGAAGAAGAUAUGAAAUCUAUGAAAAGUAAAGCUGAACGCACAGCUGCUCGCGCUGCCAUUGAAGAGCAACGGCGUCGGGUGCAGGGCGAGCGAGCCUACCGCGACUGGCUGCGCACCAGCAAGAACAAACCGCUGCCUGUGCCUUUGAACCAGGGAGAACUUAGUAUGCGUGGUUCAGUUUCACAAAUGUAUAUAAACCCUGUUCCCUGGAAGUCACUGAUUUAAUGGACUGGAUUUGGCGGAAAUUUCAGCGGAAGCUUGUGAAAAGCUAAAGUGCCAACGGCAAACAGAGAAAACUAUUUUCUGUUUUAAUAGUUUUCUUGUACUUACUUUUGAGAUUAGUUUUUAAAAUGACAGAAACUAUUAAUUUAUAAAAGCAAAGAUCAUGUUUUUUUUAAUGUUGACACUCAGGACAUAAUUCAGAA